AUGGCAAACUUCAAGGGCCACGCUCUCCCAGGGAGUCUCUUCCUGAUAGUAGGGCUCUGGUGGUCAGUGAAGUACCCCCUGAAGUAUUUUCAUCAAAAGGGGAAGAGGACCCUACUGACGCGUCAUUAUCAGCGUCUCGAGAUCAUUGAGGCCGCGAUCAGAACUUUAUUUCCAGUCAUUGGGAUCCUGGCAGAACAGUUUGUUCCAGAUGGGCCCCACCUCCACCUGUACUCGGACAGCCAGUGGAUAAAGCUGAUGAACUGGCAACACAGCACCAUGUACCUAUUCUUUUCGGUCUCAGGACUCACCGACAUGCUCACCUAUCUCUUCAGCCACGUUCCCUUGGGGCUCGACAGACUGGUCAUGGCUGUGGCAACAUUCAACGAAGGUUUUCUCUUCUACCACCACGUCCACAACCGGCCGCCCCUGGACCAGUACAUCCACUCCCUCCUGCUGUGUGCUGUGUUCGGAGGGGCUGUCAGCAUCUUCUUGGAGGUGAUUCUUCGAGACAACAUUGUGCUAGAACUUUUCCGAACCUCCCUCACUAUCCUUCAAGGCACCUGGUUCUGGCAGAUUGGGUUUGUGCUGUUCCCGCCCUUUGGAACACAAGAAUGGGACCAGAAUGACCACUCAAACCUCAUGUUCAUCACCAUGUGCUUCUGCUGGCACUACCUGGCUGCCCUCGGCAUUGUGGCCACCAACUACUCUCUCGUCUACUGCCUUUUGACUCGGCUAAAGAGGCACAGGGAAGGAGAAAUCAUUGGGAUUCAGCAGCUGAAGUCAGACCCCACUGCCCAGAAGGCCCUCCUGAGUGGCUCAGAUGAGGACUGAGAAGAGGCCAUUGGUCAUAAAUGGGUGGACAAGUCUCUUUGAGCAGAAACAGUGAGAGUGUCCCCAGGGGCCGUGCAUCCCCUCCGCUGCAACGCUCACGUUGGUCUGCACUUACGCCUCUCCACACCUGCACCUGCUCAUUUAAUUGGCUAGUCUGUGUGGGCGUGGUGCCCUCCAUAAAGAGAAGUGAAGCGAGCUUUCACUGUGGCUCAGAGCGAAGAGAAAUCAGAGACCCUUAAAGCUGCAGGACAGGAAGCAGCCUCACGGAGGGUAUGAAUCCAGCAAAACUCGCUGCUUUUGAUAACGUAUCCCUUUUCCUCCCAAGAAACAGGUACUUUCGUAUUAGAAAGUAAGUGAAUGACAGUGCCUUUAUUUCACAGAUGCAAUUCUAACGUGUAUUUUUUAAAAGUAUAAUUCACAAGCUUUGGUGUGUUAAACAUUACUUGUUAAAUAUCUCCUAAUUAGAAACUUCAGAGAACUGUAAUACCACUGCUGAAAGUGACAGGCCAAAGGUGAUUUUUAUUUUUUAAGUCGGGAAGUUAGUGGCCCAGCAGGGAGCUGGGCUCAGGUGUUCUGACUCCUCCUAAGAGGAUGCUGACAGGAAACCUGUAUAAUAAGGGGGAGAGAGAACUGGCAGGUUGUGGACGGCCCUGACUUUACAGCUAAACGCAAAGGGUAAGAAUCCUACAAAGAACGCAAAGUCUGAACUGGUAAUACAAGUCUUGUCACUCUA